CCUCCGUCCCAGGGCUUGGAAGGAUCUAGGCGAAGUUGCUAGAAGAGCCUCCCGUGAAGAUGGAAAAGCUAAAGAACGGAGCAGCUGGAUCCGACGGCCUGCCCAACCUGUCACCUGGGACUGAGGGGUGGCCCCCUGUGCCCAUCCCAGCCCUGCCACCCUCGAUCCUGGGCACCCCAGACCCAGCCCACCUGGGGCUUCCUGAGCAGGUGGCCUCUGUUACUGUCCCCAUCCGCUUGGAUGCCCUCUCCUACCUCCUGCACAGUGCCCUGAUGGGGGCCUACAGCCUCCAGAAGUCCUUCCCCUCUUGCUCCUGCACCCCUCAGGCAUGCCACACGCAGCCAGGCAUAGCCAAGAGGCCACCCAGGGGGCGUGGAGGGUGGGAAGUUCGCAGGCCUGCCCGGGGCCAGGGCCAUUCAAGAUGGGGCCUUGGGAGAGCUGAGCAGCCAGAAAGGGACAGGGCAGGGGGCCCUUGGGCUGGUCCCAAGACCCCACCGAUGACAUCUUCAUCACCACCCACCCGGCUGGUCCAGGAUGGGAAGAAGGAGCCACCUCUGGACCCGACACCUGCUGCAGAGGACUGGGAGACAGAGUAUUAGGACCCAGGGAAGUGUCCAGCACUUGGUCACCCACGUUUUUUUUCCUGGAGCCCAGAGUGACCUUAGCCCUUAGCAUCCUAUUAAAAACCUCCUGCCCCUAAACCUGUGAGCCUCAUGGUGAAUCUGGGACCUGUCUUAGGCUCCCAAGUCAGGAAAAGCCCUGAACCUGGACCUCACAUCCAUGCCUGGAUCCAUGCCUGCCCGCUGCAUGGCCUCUGUCCCACCCACUGCACAUCCCCAACUACAGCUGCAACCCUGAGCUCACUCUCAGCACCCAGGGCUCCUCCAACAUUCCCAGGCCAUUCCGAGUUCCAUAACCCUUCCCACCUGCCUCUCCACUCCUCCAUACCUGUCCCCAGGCCUACUCCUUCCCACCCCUGUCCCCAGCCCCAGCCUGUUCUCGGUCUUCCUUCCCAGCCCCAUGCCCUGUGUGCCCCCUGCCCCUGUUUAACUCCAUCCACAGACAUCUGUACCCCAGCACUGUUCCCUGCUGCUCAGGGUGGGUGCCCUGCUUGAA